AUAUUGCUAAGACAUGUUAAAAAACAUUGCACAGAAGAAAUAUUAUUUUUCAGACACAGCUUUAUUAUUAAAUAGAACAUUGAAGUAUAUUAUUCCAUUUUUGCUCAACCAAAGUGGCUCAGUGGUUUUCUACCUUACAUUGGUCUCAGCAGAGUUAUCUCUGGCAGUCCCAAUCUGUAAUUCUCUGGCACUGGUUUUCACAGUGAUGAGCGGGUGGAUCUUAGGAGAGGACAUUGGAGGCAGUGGAGGCUGCUGGCGACAGCCUGCCUGCAUCGAGGGACUGUUGGGAGGAGCAGUGUCCGCCCUGCGGGGUCUUGAGCCACCCCGGCAGCCAGCCGCCACCCCCUUACAGAGCUGAAAGUGGUGAGUGAGUCACUGUCCCCCCUUACAAGCAGGGGGUCAGUGUGAAGAAGGCGGCUUAAUACCGCGCUCCUGGACGGCUCAGCGGUACUGCGGUGCAGCGCUGUGAGGGGCGCCCUGAGCCAGCACCUGACCCUACACUGACCAAAACAAGCCUGCCGGGGUCUGCGGAUCCAAGCCAGUACAAAAUCCUCAGGCCAGUAUAAUCUUCUAAGAGCGGGAAGACAGCACCAUUAAGGGGGCGGAGAUUCUCCUCAGAGCGGACCCAGCAGCGUUCAGCGCCAUUUUCCUGCCUGCAGCUCACUGCCAGUGGAUGAACAGGUCCCUCCAGAGCAACUCCAGCUAUCUGAGCUGUCCUUGGGCUUCUUCUAACCACACUGGGAAUCACUAUUUGUGUGGUAAGUUCUGUCACUGAUUGAGAUAAAUUGCCACCCUGGAGAAACCAGACUCCCAACUUAUACAUGGCACAAAGUGUGCAAUGGAAACACAAUAUAUCUACAAAGUGUUUGAAGAAUGACAAGUGGAGCAGUGUGUGAAUUGUGAAUUAAAAACACAGACUGAAAAUAUAACAACUGGACAUGUUUUUCACUUUCUCUGGUUUUCAGCUGGUUGGACUAAAGUGCUCUAGGAUCUACGUGCAUCUGUAGAUGACAGUAAUGUUUUGUACAUAGAACUGUAUAUUGGUAAAGAAAGAUGCUAAAGAUUAAUAGUGACCAUAAAAUAUGAAGGUAUCCAAGUCAGUCUAUUACUUUAUUGUAAGCAUACAUAAAUCAUGUAGUAUGAGCUUGAUGUGAAACCAUUAUUGUAUUAACCUUCCCCCCUGGGGUCAGAAAAAAAGAAGAGAAAAAGACCAACAGAGUAAAGAAGCAAGAGGUAUUUCAUAUAUCUGCUUACUUAACAAUAAACAGUUAUGGGUCUUGUAUUUGGAUUUAACAGUUGUGGGUUAGUGCUAUAUACCCAGGAACAUAUUUGUUUCUCAUAAAUUAAAAAGUGAAAUAUGAAAUAAAGCAGGUGGUAGUUAAGUGAUGGCA